UGACUUGCGGAGGGUGGACAGAGCAGCAACCCGUUUGAAAUCCCCUCUAGCGGAGCAGAGGGCGAGAGGGUUUAUUCCUGCAGUCCAGCUCAAACAUGGCGGGCUGUGGAGGGGACGUGAUGUGCUCGUGGUCCGGAUCUAAGACCCACGGCACAUCCUCAACCCCGGCGUCCGAAGAGGGGAAGCUGAGGAAGAGGAGGAGAGCCUUCUGCCUGGCCAGGAUGAAGUCCCGUAACAGCUCCGAGAAGCAUCAGCUUCAGCAUCAUCACGAGCCCGCCGCGAACAACAACAACAACACGCCGUUCAUGAUCCACUGCAAGGAGAUCAAACACAUCUGCAGCAACUGCCGAGGAGCCGAGCCGCUGGACGCUGAGGAAGUGGAGAGGUUGGCAGCGAUGCGCUCUGAUUCGCUGGUACCGGGUACGCACACUCCUCCCAUCCGGCGGCGGAGCAAAUUCGCCACCCUGGGUCGUCUGUUCAAACCCUGGAAGUGGAGGAAGAAGAAGAGUGAGAAGUUUAAGCAGACGUCUGCAGUGUUGGAGAGGAAGAUGUCCACUCGCCAGAGCAGAGAGGAGCUCAUCAAGAAGGGACUCCUGAAGGAGGUCUAUGAGAAAGAUGGCGCAUCUCUGACCAUCCGGGAGGAGGUGAAGAUGGAGAAUGGUCGUUCCUCGGUGCUCGGCUCCAGCCUGUCGGAGUCUGAAGGUAGUGAGCUGAUGGAGGGAGCAGCUGUAGGCUCCCUGGAGUUUCAAAUGCCUAGUGAUGCUCAACAGGACCACACCCAGAAAUCCAGUCAGGCUCCGCCCACAAAGAAGUCUAUCAUAUAUCCGGCUGAUGGUGCUGAAUCAUCCCUCUGCAGACCUCCAACGCUACACAAACAACCUCCCGCUCUGCCACCCAAGCCUUUCAGCAGGCUACCCAAUCACAUUACAGAUGGCGCCCCCGUGAAGUUGCCAUGCAUGUCGGGUAAGUUGUCUCCUCCUCUACCUCCGAAGAAGCUCAUGAUCUCCGUACCUGCAGGGAGCAUGGAGCCCUCUUCUAUCGCCUUCCAGAAGUGCCCCGCCCCUCCCAGCCAUGCUCCAAUGGGUGCACACUCACUGCAGUACGGGACCUGUCCUGUUCCUCUCCACCCGCCCAGCCGAAUCAUAGAGGAGCUGAACAAAACCCUGGCCCUCACCAUGCAGAGGUUUGAGAGCUCCAUGAUGCACGCCGUUCCCACGGUGAUGAUCGAGUGCGACGACGACAAAGAGAACCUCCCUAACGAGGCGGACUACGAGGACCUGCCUGGCAUGUACAAGGAUGAGGAAGAGGAGGAAGAGGAAGACGAGGAGGAAGAUGAGGAGGAGGAGGAGGAAGACGAAGAAGAGGAUGAGGAUGAUACACUGUUUACAAGCACACUGGCCAUGAAGGUCUUACGAAAAGACUCUCUGGCCAUCAAGCUGAGCAACCGUCCAUCCAAAAGAGAGCUGGAGGAGAAGAACAUCCUGCCACUGCAGUCGGACCAGGAGCGGCUCGAAUCCCGGCAACAGACGGCCACCAAACUGACGAGACGGUUGAGUCAAAGGCCGACAGCAGAGGAGCUAGAACAGAGGAACAUUCUGAAACCUCGAAAUGAUCUGGAGGAGCAGGAGGAGAAGAGGGAGAUCAAGAGGCAUCUGUCGAGAAAGCUCAGCCAGAGACCCACAGUCGAGGAGCUGAGAGAGGCGAAGAUCCUCAUCCGCUUCAGUGACUACGUGGAGGUCGCCGAGGCUCAGGACUACGACAGGAGAGCAGACAAGCCGUGGACUCGGCUAACAGCUGCGGAUAAGGCUGCCAUUAGAAAGGAACUGAAUGAGUUUAAAAGCACAGAGAUGGAGGUGCAUGAGUCGAGCCGUCAUUUGACCAGGUUUCACAGGCCAUAAGUCGGCUCAGAGACCUCAGCCAUGUUUUUAAAAUUCCUUAGAAGUCUCGAGUGUUCAGACUGCUACAGCUUUCCAACAUCAACUUCGAACUGAUAGGUUGGCUUCAUCACACGAGCUUGAGCCAUUACAGGAAACGGGAGAAAAACACUGAGAUGGACGGAUCUAUGACUGUCUCCCCUCUGUGGAGACUUUGGUGACUUCUUGAUAUUCAAAAGCUUUUAAUUGUCAUUUUUUUAUGAUGAAGAGGUGGUGAUAUCUUUACUUUGCAGCACUUCUGUUUUUUAACAAGGCUACUGGAGGUCCAACACAGAAUCUGUGCCAACUUUAUAGGAUGGGGACGGUAAAAGAUGAAACAGGGUUUUUAUUUCACUCUCACUGUUUUCAUGCCUGUACCAUAUUCUCACCAGGCAGAAUUUUUCUUUGGAGUAUGCUUGUGUUAGCUUGAUUUUACUCCACGUAUGACAUUUCGGUAAUUAUUUCUCUUUGCCAGAGGAAUGAAAACAUUCCACAAGUGUGUACUAUUGCAGGCAGCUGAAGCUUAAGCCAAAUUGCCCUAAAAUCCUAAUCAAAGUCGAAGAGUGCUCUCUACAACAAAAGGAAAUUCCCGUCUCCAAACACUUUCACAUCAAUCCACUGAGCAAUAAUGUCAGAUUCUCUCUUUUCCAUCCAUCUAGUUGUGGGCUGCGUUCGAGUGUUCAAACUUCAGAUUCCCAUUUUAAACCAAAGCAACUUGACCUGUUGUGGAAGCCGUGACCUUGAAUGCAGAAUUCUGGAGUGACGAGUAUCGAGAGUUCAGUAACCCACUGUGUCGCUGUGCCUACAGGCGUGUUUACAGGGAUUUCAAAGUUGCCAAAUAACCUUGUUUAUUUGAUACAGAAUAUUAUCUGUAGACACAGUAAAAUGUUACUGAGCUCUCUGCUGAAUUACAAGAAGGACUGUUUGCAUUUCACCUUUUAUUGUCUGACAUGAGCCUUUUCGGUACGAAACGUGUCAAUCCUGCCACCUUACAAUUUGCUUUUUUUUCCUCCCUUUUUAAUGGUUUACACUUAAGAUUGGGUCCAUGAAUUGGAGGUUUUUACCAUGUUAUUGGUGAGAACGAGCUGCGUGGGUUAUGAUUGUGUGUCUGAGUGUGUGCGUAUGCAAGAGUCAGUAAUAUUACUGUCGCUUGUACAUGUUUAAAAAAUGUUUUGAGAAAACUCUUCUCAGAAUUCUAAGAGGAUGUACAUAAAUUAAAAGGCUUUUCAAAUGUUUUUUGUAAAGCAGAAAGACCUGCA